UGUUUAAAAUCAAAACAAAAUUGCACUAAAUACAAAUAAAUUACUUUUCCUAAUUCUACGAGUCUUUAUGUUAAUACUGUAAAUGCAGUAUAAGUUAAAAAGCAGCGAUGAAUACUUUAAAAGUACUACUCAGGAACCGAAAGACAAACAUAUCUUCAAUAAGCCGCACCGUAACAACCAAGAAAAAAAUAUUCGACCCCAACGAGGAGGAGCAAUUACCGAUAUUUCAGUAUCCAGUGAGUAAAAGCUCAGAUAGAAGGGUGUAUGUAUGGGGUCUAGCUGAGACUGGGGCACUUGGAAUACAUUUGCCUCGGGGUAAGCAUAGAUCGAGAAAAUCAUAUAAAAAUGACUUUAAACUAGUAUGGCAUCCAAUGAGAUCAAGUUUCUGUGAGAGGUUUGAUGUCACACAAAUAGCCUGCGGGUAUGGUUUUACUGUGGCAGCAGUGAACACUAAGGAGCAGCAUAAAGUAUUUGGCACUGGCAUCAAUACAGACUCGCAGAUUGGAUACCAUGCUCCAAAGAUGGGUCAUCCACUAGAAAUGCUUCUCAGUCCUGCACCUAUAUACAUCCCAUAUAAGUCAUUGGAAACUAAGGUAAUUGGUCUAGCAGCCGGCCGAGCUCACACUCUAAUCCUAACAGAUAAUGAGGGGGUAUACACUCUCGGCAAUAAUGCAUAUGGGCAGUGUGGAAGGAAAAUUAAACCCUCGGAGGAAUACCGCGGGAGUAUGCACUCGCACAAUAUUAAGAAGCUUGGUGGCGAUAAAAUUAUUGAUGUGGUUGCAGGUCAAGAUCACAGCUUUUUCCUAACGGAAUCCGGUAAAGUAUAUUCAUGUGGAUGGGGAGCAGAUGGACAGACGGGGCUGGGCAAUUUCGAGGCGCAAGGACCACCGGCCCCUGUGCGUGGGGACAUCACCAGUGAGAAGGUGGUCAAGAUCGCCUCUACGGCCGACUGUGUGCUUGCGUUGAAUGGCAAAGGUGAACUUUUUGGUUGGGGCAAUUCGGAAUAUGGUCAAAUACCCAUGUCUACAGACCAACAGCAAGUGAACACGUCCUACGCUUUAGUACACUUCACUAAAGGGAUAGGGAAAAUAGUUGAUAUCGCCGCGGGUGGAUCGUUCUGUCUUAUUUGUAAUGAUCAAGGCGAUGUUUUUGUCUGGGGUUUCGGCUUAUUGGGUCUGGGGCCUAACGUUCACCACACAGCCAAACCCACACAAAUACCAGCACCUCUGUUCGGCAGGAAUGAAUUCAACCCAGAAAGCAUGGUAGUGAAGGUUGCGGGUGGCAUCGGACAUCUAGCAGCAAUAACUAAUAAUGGGGACUUAUACACUUGGGGCAGGAAUAGGCAUGGCUGUUUAGGUUUGGGGCACGACAAAGAUCAACAUUUCCCUUUAAAAGUUGGUAUUGGUGCUCAUGUACUGUCAGUUAAAUGUAGUGUUGAUCAUACCAUUGCUAUGUGUCGGCCAUUUGUAUAGUGAUUUCAAUGUUAGUUAUUUGAAUAUGUCAAUGAAAUUUGUAUCAUAUGUUUUGCUACCAAAAUUAAUAAGGAACUUCCUUUUUUCGACAAAUUGAAAAUAGUUUCAAAAAUUAUAAAAGCCAGUCCAUUGUGUUAUAGUUAACCAAUUAAUGUACAGAAUGUGUCAUGGCUUUUCUUUAUUGCCAUUAGCGAAAUUCGUGUUAUGGCUAUAACACGAAUUUCGCUAUGUGGAUCUUUACUGUGUUCAUGUUGUGAGCUAUUUUUAGCUUAAUUGGCAACUUCGGUAUUAUAUAAACAAACAUAUGCUAAUGUAUGUUUUACCCAAUUAAAUUCAGAUGUGGUAUAGUGAGUUUAAAUAUAAUUGUACAAAU